AUGUCGUCCCACUCAGAUCAACAGAAAACUCUUCUACACAGACCUGGUUCAGACAGCACAGAGCUGCAGAGGGAUACAACUCAUGAGAAGUGGCCGCAGGUUACCACCAACAUGGAAAGAGUGGACCAGCAGAGCUCAGAUGUUCCCAGUGAUCAGUCUGCCCAGCAGCAUCAAACAGACCUGGACCCUAUAUUUAUGCUGCUGGAGAAGGAAAUCGUAACUUUUGUGAAGAAUGAGCUGAAGAAGUUACAGAAGGUUCUGAGUCCAGAUUACCCAGAAUGCUUAGAGAGUCAGAGGGAGGAUGAGGAGAUGUUGAACGGUGAGGAUGAAGAGCAGAAGAGGAGCAGCAGAGAGGCAUUUCUGAAGAUCACACUGCACUUCCUGAGGAGAAUGAAGCAGGAGGAGCUGGCUGCCACCCUACAGAGCAGAACUUGUGCUGCAGUGUGCCGACGUAAAGUUAAAUCUAACCUGCAGAAGAAGUUCCAGUGUGUGUUUGAGGGGAUUGCUAAAGCAGGAAACCCAACCCUUCUGAAUCAGAUGUUCACAGAGAUCUACAUCAUGGAGGAAGGGACUGCAGAGGUCAAUGAUGAACAUGAGGUCAGACAGAUUGAAACAGCAUCCAGGAAACCAGACAGACCAGAAACAAGGAUCAGACAAGAUGACAUCUUUAAAACCCCACCUGGAAGAGAUAAACCAAUCAGAACAGUGAUGACAAAGGGAGUGGCUGGCAUCGGGAAAACAGUCUUAACACAGAAGUUCACUCUGGACUGGGCUGAAGGCAAAGCCAACCAGGACAUCCAGUUCACAUUUCCAUUCACUUUCAGAGAGCUGAAUGUGCUGAAAGAGAAAACGUACAGCUUGGUGGAACUUGUUCAUUACUUCUUUAGUGAAACCAAAGAAGCAGGAAUCUGCAAGUUUGAAGACUUCCCGGUUGUGUUCAUCUUUGACGGUCUGGAUGAGUGUCGACUUCCUCUGGACUUCCUCAACACUGAGAUCCUGACUGAUGUUACAGAGUCCACCUCUAUGGGUGUGCUCCUGACAAACCUCAUCAGGGGGAAACUGCUUCCCUCUGCUCGCCUCUGGAUAACCACACGACGUGCAGCUGCCAAUCAGAUCCCUCCUGAGUGUGUUGACAUGGUAACAGAGGUCAGAGGGUUCACUGACCCACAGAAGGAGGAGUACUUCAGGAAGAGAUUCAGAGAUGAGGAGCAGGCCAACAGAAUCAUCUACCACAUCAAGACAUCACGAAGCCUCCACAUCAUGUGCCACAUCCCAAUCUUCUGCUGGAUCACUGCUACUGUUCUGGAGGAUGUGUUGAAGACCGGAGAGGGAAGAGAGCUGCCCAAGACCCUGACUGAGAUGUACAUAAACUUCCUGGUGGUUCAGUCCAAAGUGAAGAACAUUAAGUAUGAUGGAGGAGCUGAGACAGAUUCACCCUGGAUUCCAGAGACAAGGAAGAUGAUUGAGUCCCUGGGAAAACUGGCAUUUGAGCAGCUGCAGCAAGGCAACCUGAUCUUCUAUGAAUCAGACCUGACAGAGUGUGGCAUCAAUAUCAGAGCAGCAUCAGUGUACUCAGGAGUGUUCACACAGAUCUUUAAAGAGGAGAGAGGACUGUACCAGGAUAAGGUGUUCUGCUUCGUCCAUCUGAGUGUUCAGGAGUUUCUGGCUGCUCUUCAUGUCCAUCUGACAUUCAUCAACUCUGGAGUCAACCUGCUUGCAGAGGAACAAACAACAUCAUGGCUGUCUAAAAUUUUCAGAGACAAAACAAGUUUCUUCCAGAGUGCUGUGGACAAGGCCUUACAGAGUCCAAAUGGACACCUGGACUUGUUCCUCCGCUUCCUCCUGGGUCUUUCACUGCAGUCCAAUCAGAGUCUCCUACGAGGUCUGCUGACACAGACAGGAAGUAGCGCACAGACCAAUCAGAAAACAGUUGAGUACAUCAAAAAGAAGAUCAGUGAGAAUCUAUCUGCAGAGAAAAGCAUCAAUCUGCUCCACUGUCUGAAUGAACUGAAUGAUCGUUCUCUAGAGGAGGAGAUCCAACAGUCCCUGAGAUCAGGAAGACUCUCCAGAUAUAAACUGUCUCCUGCUCACUGGUCAGCUCUGGUCCUCAUCUUACUGUCAUCAGAAAAGGAUCUGGACGUGUUUGACCUGAAGACAUACUAUGAUUCAGAGGAGGCUCUUCUGAGGUUCCUGCCAGUGGUCAAAACCUCCAACAAAGCUCUGCUGAGUGGCUGUAACCUGUCAGAGAGAAGCUGUGAAGCUCUGUCCUCAGUUCUCAGCUCCCAGUCCUCUUGUCUGAGAGAGCUGGACCUGAGUAACAACGACCUGCAGGAUCCAGGAGUGAAGCUGGUUUCUGCUGGACUGAAGAGUCCACAAUGCAGACUGGAAACUCUCAGUCUGUCAGGCUGUCUGAUCUCAGAGGCAGGCUGUACUUCUCUGGCCUCAGCUCUGAGCUCCAACCCUUCUCAUCUGAGAGUGCUGGACCUGAGCUACAAUCAUCCAGGAGACUCAGGAGUGAAGCUGCUGUCAGCUGGACUUAAGGAUCCAAACUGGAGACUGGACACUCUCAGGGUGGACCAUGCUGGACCACAUUGGUUAAAAUCUGGUCUGAGGAAGUAUGUUUGUGAACUGGAAGUGGACACAAACACAGUGAGCAGAAGACUCAAACUGUCUGACAACAACAGGAAGGUGACAUAUGUGGAGGAGGAUCAGUCAUAUCCUGAUCAUCCAGAGAGGUUUGACUUGUGGCCUCAGCUGCUGUGUAGAGAUGGUCUGACUGGUCGCUGUUACUGGGAGGUAGAGAGGAGAGGAGAUGUUCAUCUAUCACUGAGUUACAGAGGAAUCAGCAGGAGAGGAGACAGUAAAGACUGUGUGUUUGGAGGGAAUGAUGAGUCCUGGUGUCUGAACUGCUCUGAUGAUGGUUACUCUGUCUGGCACAAUAACAGAACAACAUCUACCAUCCCCUCCUCCUCCUUCUCCUUCUCCUCCUUCUCCUCCUCCUCUGUCUCUAACAGAGUAGGAGUGUAUGUUGACUGUCCUGCUGGCACUCUGUCCUUCUACAGAGUCUCCUCUGACUCACUGAUCCACCUCCACACCUUCAACACCACAUUCACUGAACCUCUUUAUCCUGGGUUUAGGGUCUGUUCUGGUUCCUCAGUGUCUCUGUGUCCUCUGCAGGUCUGA